AUGAGCCACCGGCCGGCGCAAAAGACGAUGACAGCCGCGCUGAAGGAGGUUCCGGCGCACGGCUGGAGCGUCGCCGCGCUCUCCGCUGGCGCCGUCACGCUGGGCCUCUCUCCCACAGCGCACGGCGUCCUGCCACGCGGGCCUAUCGAGCUGGUGCGCCACUUUUCGGCGCAGUGCGAUGAGGCACUCAAGAAGGAGAUCGAGGCGAGGAGCGAGGAGCUGGGGGCGCUGGAGACGCACAAUCGCCUCAUUAUUGCCAUCGAGACGCGCCUCGCGCUCCUGCAGCCGCACGCUGCGACGUGGCCGCAGGCUCUGGCGCUGCGUGCGCUGCCGACCAACCUCCUCGAGUCGUUGCAGGACGCGCAAGCGCUGAGUGAGCUCCUGCUCACGGCGUGCGGCGACGCCGCCGCCACCGAAGUGGCACCGAAGUUGAUGGACCCGCACCUCAAGCGCGCCUCGCUCGCCGCCGUCUACGGCGCCGCUGAGCUCUACAUGCUCACCGACCGCUCUCCCGGCUUCACCGACACGUCGUGCUUUGUGGAGCGAGAGGUGGCGGCGCUGCAGCAGGCGGCGGGCGCCGCCACCUACCUCGGCGGCCUGAACCCGGCCUCCAUUUUGGCGUCCCUCCUCCCUCGCAAAUAG